AUGGGUGAAAAAAGUCCAAUCACACUCUUUACUGACCAAGAUGCAGCUAUGGCUAGAGCAAUAAAGAAGGUAUUUCCAACCACAAGGCAUAGACUUUGCCUGUGGCAUUUGAUGCAGAAUGCAGUAACACGAUUUGGAGUCCUGAAGAGUGAUGCAACAUUCAAAGCCGCUUUCAACAAAUGCUUGAGUGGUUGUCUGAAUGAAGCUGAGUUUAACGCAUGUUGGGAAGCAAUGGUCACAAAGUACAAACUAAAGGAACACAAAUGGUUCAUCAGAAUAUAUAAAUUAAGACACAAGUGGGCAACAGCUCCGAGUAAGGACUUCUUCUCUGCUGGGAUUUUGUCAUCACAAAGGAGUGAGAGUACGAAUAAUGCCGUGGGUUUCAGAGCUACUAAGAAGACUAGUUUGACCGAGUUCUAUCAUAUAUUUCAAGAAACGAUAAAGAGAUGGAGAAGGACAGAAGAUAUUGAUGAAUUCAACACCACCAAAUCUAUUCCAACUUCACACUAUCCAAUGACUUCUUUAUUGAAACAUGCUGCUCAAGUCUACACACAUACACUUUUCAGGGAUCUUGAAGAAGAAUUUAAUCUUGUUGUUGCAUCGCAAGUACAACUCAUUCACACAAAUGGACCGAAGAUGAUUUAUCGAGUUUACCUUGAAGAUAGAGCUGGCUCCGCACAAUCUGUGAUGUAUGAUCCGCCGAAUGAGAUCAUUAUUUGUCCCUGCAAGAACUUUGAGGAGUCAGGUUGGUUUUGCUUUCAUUGUAUUCGUGUUCUGCAUCUGCAUUCUGUUCAAAGAAUCCUAGAGAAGUACAUCUCCUUUAGAUGGACAAAGUUCGCAAAGGUUGAGGUGUGGAACAAGCAUGAGGCACAACUAAAAGCUAAAGGAUUAUUGAACAGUUUCACCCCCGGGGGCUUACACAUGCUGAGAAAAUACUACAGUCUGAUCCUUAAGAGCCAUACAAUAGAAGAGGCUAGAAAAAUACUUGAAGAAAGCUACAAGAAAGAUUCAGAAGCUAUUCAAACAAUGAACAGAACACAACAAAUAUGA